AAGACGUGGCAACCCUGCUAUACGGUAUUCUCGUUUAUUCGCGGCUAGCGCUGGCUAGCAGCCCUUCGGUUUUUGCGAGCCGUUGAAAGCAGUUGAAAGUUUGUAAGUGCAACAUGCGCGUUAACGCCAAGCUCCUCGCUAAUUACCAGAGGCAGACUGUAUGCCUGCUCGGCAAAGUUCUCCAGAGCGAACCCCAGGGCAUGUCCUUCAAGAUGGAAUCCCCAGACAAGCAGGUGGUUCAAGUAAUCAUGAAGAAUCCAAUUCAAGAACCACUGGAGGGCAUCAUCGAAGUAAUUGGGGAAGUGACGGCUAAGUUGGCGAUUGUCUGUGAAAGUUAUGUGCUUUUCCCACCUGCAGUAACGGAAGACUUUGACAUGGCCACUUACAAUGCUGUUGUUGAGACUAUACAGAAUGUCAAGGAUUAUUACCCAACCAUGGCCUCGGCAUAGCAUCAUGCAGUCCUGGAAUUUUAUCUUUAGAUUUAUUUUCAGCAUACCUUACUCAUGUGGAAGCACCUGUCAGCCCUGUGUUUGUACUAGAACUUCUUUUUUUUUUUUGCAGUUUCAACAGUAAUAAAUAAAAUUUGUGCUCAUGUUUUUUUCAUCUGAAAAAACAAAAAGACGAAGUAAAACAAGGAACCCAAUAAAUUUUGUUCAUAUAUCCAUUAAA